AUGUCACUUCGUCAAUUUGCCGUUGCGGUCAUCCUGGCCCUAAGUCCCCUUGCCGAUGCGGCGAACUUGGAACAACCAGCAACAGACCCGGUACCGGGGACAGAUACCGUCCACGGAUGCUAUAAAUCUUUGGGAGUUCUGGUGCUUGAGCAGACAAUCGACUUCAACUCGCAGGGUGCAUGUACAACCCUAUGUCGCAACAAAACUAAUCUCGUGGCUGCUACUAAUGCGAAAGACUGUUACUGCGGUGACAAAUAUCCUAACAAAGCCGACUUAGUUGAUGAUAGUGAAUGCACCGAACCGUGUCCCGGAUUCGGCACGCAAGCAUGCGGUGGUCUUGACACUUAUACGGUUUACAAUACCGGAGAGAGGGUAUCAGUUGGUGAGGCACCGGCCGCCAGUUCUUCUACCUCGAGUGCAUCCAAGACUAGUACAACCUCUUCAAACACUCCAGCCAGCACUUCUGAUCCCACCGAGACUGUGACAGCGUCCAGUGAACCCGAGAAGGGAUCCGGAACCAAUGUCGCCGGUAUUGCAGCUGGUGUUGUGGUUGGCGUUGUUGCGAUAACUGCUUUUGGUGGUGCUGCUUUCUUCUGGUUGCGCCGAAAGAGAAAUGCCGAAAUUGAAGAAGAACACCGACGGAAUGCUGCUGUCAACGCAUUCAUUAGUGGUGGCGGAAAGCCUCCCAGUAGCAGCGGCGGUCUUUCGAUGACCGACUCUCGUCUCGAUCCUGUUAUGAACCGACGAAUGAGUGACGGCAGCAUCGCUGACAAUCAAGAUUACUCGCGAAGAAUUCUAAGGGUUACCAAUGCUUGA